ACUAAAAAAGCUGAUUAGCUGAUAGUGAAACCGUCAAAGAGAUAAUGGAGAACAAGCAGCAGCACAGGGAAAGAAAGCCAGAGAACGAAGAGAAAGGAAAGUAUGAAGGUCUGCCAGUGAAUGACAGUCCGUAUAUACAAUACAAGGAUUUGGAGGACUACAAGCAACAGGGGUAUGGAACCCAAGGCCAUCUUCAACCUAAACCUGGCCGUGCCGGUGGCUCCACCGAUGCCCCUACUCUUUCCGGCGGUUCUGUCAACUCUCAGGCUGAGGUUCCGGCGGCUGAUGCCAUUAGCCGCAUUGGAAUCCCAUAAAUCUUAUUUUUCCUUUUCUUUGUUUUUUUAACAGAAUAAGAUAGCGUUUGAUAUGACUAGCUUUUUUAUUUUAUUUCUUUUAUGCAUCUCUUCAGGCUAAUUUCUUUUUGUUAUGUUUGCUUUUAGAAUCUACGACUUUCAUCACAAUAUAUAUGUUUUUUGUUUC